AUGGUUCCCAAAACUCCAGCAUGGGUCCUCAAAUGCGGCCUUGAACUUCUGCACGACUUGUUCGGCAUGAUGCAGUGUUGGUCUGUUCAUGAAGAUCGGCUCAAGCAGCUCACGCCACGCCAGCUUGUCCAAGACCAAGCUCCCAAUUACGAUGGUCGCGGUCUUUGGAACAACGGGGGCAGGAAAAAGUUCCCUAUUGAAUGCUAUACUCGGAGGCACGUUUUGUACCGCGCGGGUUAUGCACUACCUCUGACCUCGAAUCCACGUUCAGAACAAAUUCUUCCUGCUGUUUCAUCGGGAAAAGCCGGGACGGGCGUACCAAUCCAGGUCGAAUAUCACGAAGACAGCAAUAUAUUCGCGGAAGUGUGUUUCAUCACUCGCGAUGAGUGGCUCAAGGAGAUAUCAGAUUUCCUCGUCAAUGCUGAGGAUGAUGACGGCGUACGUAACGUGGCCAGAAUCGUCAGAGGAGUCAACAAGAUCGAUGGAGCUGUUAUCACCUUUGAGAAGCUCCAAGCCGCGUAUCCCGGACUCAAGCCCCAGGACCUUGACCGUAUCUCCGCAGAAGACGUGGUCGCGAAGGGACCUCAUCUCGACGAAUGUUUCGGUCGGACAAAGAUAUUCAUCGGAGAUGCGAGUGCUGUUUCCCAGCAGCUGAGGAUAUUUGUCACCCAGAACGGAGCACGAUCCAGAGCACGCGGCGGCAAUUUCUGGCCUAUCGUCUCCUCCGUCAACAUCAAGAUCAAAUCACCUGUGCUUGAGUCUGGCGCGGUCUUCGUGGACUUACCUGGAUCGGAGGACGUCAAUACAGCUCGCGCCAGUGUGGCUGAAUCGUACAAGAACAACGCAGACGCAUUUUUAAUCGUGUCAGCUGCGACUAGGGCCGAAGACGACGAGAGGGCACAUAGGUUAUUCAAGUCACUGUUGCUCGGUGAGUUCCAUGCGCUUUCUUUUGGACAUAGUCUGAUAUUCGUCGUAGAGGGACGAAUGAGAGAUAACAUCGCAUUUGUCUGCACCAAAACGGACGAGAAUGUCGACGGUUAUGCCGACGACAUUGCCGAUGAUGAGAAACUCGAGGAGCAACAGGUCGCAAUCUUCGAGGCACGCGAUCUGCUGCAGAAGGCACAAGAGCGCCUUGCCCUCCUGAGAUCCCAGCAGGAUGAGGAUGCUUGUGCCCUACAAGACGGGGAUCAGGUUUCAUUGCACACAAGGUUCUCGGACCCGAACGGCUCCCGGAAACGUCGUGGAGUCAAUGAUACCUCCUGCUCCACGAGUAACGCCGCACGGCAGAAACGUCAACGUGUUCGCAUGCUUGCCCCUGAGUUUCGUAGCAACAUGUUGCCCAGCAGCGUCUCUGAGUGGGAUGACUUGUUUGGCAUGGAGGUGGAUACUCCUUCGCACAACAGUCCGGUGAGCGAAUUGCAGAAGGCGGUCGAUGUGAGAGACACGAUCGCCACGGAGCUGGCACGAAAGGAAGCAGACCUCAGGCUUUACCUCGCUAGGCACAGAUCUCAGAGUAUACGCGAAGGAGUUAGAAGCAAACUUACGGACAUGAUACAGGAAUGGACAUGGGGAGGCGAAUGCGACGCACCUUACUCAACUUUAGUGGGGAGAGGGCAACCGGAAUUCUUCCCUUGUUCUGCGCAAGAGUACCUCCGACUCAGCGGAAAGUCUCAGAGAUCAGGUGCGGGAGGUGUGUUCACACGCCUAGGCGAGACAGGGAUUCUCUCGCUGCGAAAGUGGUGCAGCGAUGUCAGUACCAGAACCCAUCGUAGUGCCUCCGGACGUUUCCUGGAGGAACUCCGUUCGUACAUCGAGGAUGUCAGGUCGUUCAUGGAUAACACUUUGGCCGGCAGAGCUGGCCAUCGAGCCAGACUGCAGACGUGGGGCACUCUAAUCCGGAAACAUCUGCUUCCGAGGUUCGAGGAACUGGUGAAGGAUGAAGUGUCGGAGCUGCAAGCUGCCUUCCGAGAUCGGAUCGAGGAGUUCUGCGUCUAUGCUGCCGAAAGGGCUGACAAAGAGGUCGUGCGCGUUUUGGAUCGGUUAUAUAGCAAACCCUGGCCGACUGUUCGAGCCACUCUGCGAGCAAAGGGGGAACAUCGUACAAACCUGAAUGCAGAAUUUGUCGCACCUUUCACAGAUGAUAUCAUGGUCGCGUGGCGGGCCAUGUUCAGCAUGGUGAUCUUUGACGACGUUGAGGAGAAAGUCGAGGAGAUUGUCAAGGAGAUGCUUGCGUCCAUCGAGCGAAGCGACAACAUGCAGCUGACCGAUUCUGCGACAAAGGCAGUCUUUGAUGCACGACGAGAGUCAUGCAUCAAGAUCGUGCACAAGCACCUGAAGUUUGCGCGAUCGGAUUUCCAGCAAUUCAUGUGCUACACGCAAAUAAACGUUUCGCAAUCACUAGCAAGCAACAUCAAGUACCAACUAGAAGAAGGAUACCGCGCAGCUAUGCGACAUACCGGCAAAGGUAGUGUCAAUUUGCAGAAGGAUGAAUUUCGCCGCUUCGUUUUGAGUGAUGAUUUACACCUAUUCAAAGGCCUUCAGACGUAUAUUCAGGCGGCACUCGACCGCGCGGCGACAGAGGCAGGUUUCAAGCUAUCGAGACAGCUCGAUAAUCUGACUGGCAAGCUCGUGAACGAUAUAUCCCUGCUUUGGGAGGCACCGACAGAAAAUUAUCGACGAGACAAGUUGAAGGUCUAUGAUCUGAUUUCAGGGGUCAAACGAUUGGAAGUUCCGUUGACGAGCGCGCACCCCCGACUCGGGGCAUGACGUCUCGUGGAUCGGGACUGUUGCUCGCAGAGGGUGGCAGAGG